GCUGCGGAGAUCAAUGUUGUGAAAGCGUUUGCGCUCGUUGCGGUGUUUGUUGUCUACGUACUCAGCUCAACUCAAAAAACAAGAAAAAAGAAAACAGAAAGCGAUAUUUUGCAAAGUUACAAAAAAAAAACACACAGUCUCAAAAGUUGUAGACCUCGCGAUAUUGCCAUUAAUUAUCAACAUGUUUAAAACUGCACUUUGCUUGAGUUAUUAAACAGUUCAUUUGUUUAUGCAUAUUUAUGUGCAUGCAUGGGCAAAAACAACUCGAGUGGCCCUUCCGAAUAAAAUGAAAUAUAGAAUAUGGGGAACUCGGGAAGUGCGCACAAUAUUAAUAGCGAAAGAUCGGGCUUGCAGCGAAAUUCGCACUUUCAAACACGAUUCGAGCACCUUAACCAGAACUCACGUCGUCAGUUUCAAUGGAACAAAUCUGGCUUAAGAUCAACUUCGCUCAAUCCUCAGCGUAGCUUAAACCCUGAAUGGAGAAGAUCAUAUCCGUCCACUAUCAUGAAAAGAGAUUCAAACUCUCAGCUGGAAACGCCGCUUAAAGUGUUACCUGAAUUGGAUAAGCGUCUACAUCUGCGAGCUACUUCAAAUGGUGCAAUAUUAAAUUCCGGGGGUACGAUAAGUGGCCGGAAACAAAAUGAGAAUCUAACCCAAAACAUUCCAAAGAUACUCAGUCAACGAUCCAAAACGUUUAUAAUCGAAAAUGUGAAAGACAGAACCUCGAGCAUAAAUGAAAAAAUCGAUACAAAGCCCGAAUUUACACGAUCACAAACCCUACUUUACAUAAAGGGCAAGAUCAAAGAUUCCGACCCUAAUGCCAAUGAGUCAAAUCUGUCUCGGAUGCAAAGACACACGUAUUCAGAACCUGAGCUCAUCAAUAAAAUAAGUUCCCCAGUCACAAUAAAUACUCAAGAGCCUCCCUCAAAGCCCAGCAAUCGAAACAAGUAUUCAAAAAAGCGAAGAGCUCCCGAAGUACCCCAGGCAAACAUUACAGCUACACCAUUUACACAGAGCAGCAAGAACGUCCUGCGAAAUGCUCAAAUUGCAAAUGAUAAUGCCAAACCCAUGCAUUAUGCAAAAAACUCAGAGCGCAAACUUGGCAAGCAAACAAAGUCAGAUUCAUUGAAAAGGGAUAAUGAGAUAAGCAGAAGAAGCAUAAAAGAAACAAGUUUUCAAGGUAAUUCAGCGGAGUGUUCCAAGAUCCCCUUUCGACGCGAAAAGAGUUCUGAUGCUAUUCUGUUAAGAAAUCGAAAACCAGAUCAAGCCGAUGCUUCUAAGAACACGGCGUUGCGUAAUGGAUAUCAAAUCAAAAAUCCAAUUAUUGAGCCAAUUAGUGCUCCUGUAGUCAAGAAUCUAACUCAAAAAGAGAAGUUGGAAAAUGGAGUUUCCGUUCAGGAUAAAGUAUGUCAACGUACAUUUUAUUUUGGCAUGGAACUCGAUAGUCCUGUCGAAGUUACAGAGUCGUCGAAUGCUGCUGACGAACAACUCCUGAGUGAGAACAAGUCGUUGUCAAUGAUUUCGAGCUAUGACAUUGAAUACAAGGAAACGACGCGUCUGGAGGAGAGUUUAAAUGACAAUGGCUUACUUGUGCGUAUUCGGCCGACCCUGCCGCGUCGACAAGUGGAAACACCCUCGUUCAGUCCAACAUUGGCUUGGCGUUCCCUACUCGAACAACAGGAUUGCACAGAUAAAUUAAAGAUAUUGAAAACCAUAAAUCAUAAUCAUUCUACCAUGCCCACCAGUGAGACGCCUAUUCAGCCUAAUCGAACAUUACAAAUUAGACAGCUCUCCAGGCCGAACCACUUGCUUACAACGUGGACUCCUGAACAAGAUCUGGGCGAUGAGCACGAUGACAAGCUCAAGGGCCUUAGUACAGAAGAUGACACCAGCUCGGAUGAAUAUCGCUCUAAAUGCGAAAAAGACGGCUUACUUUUCUAUGGCAGCAAGAAGAAAACUUUAAGCCACGAUAAAGUUGCGCCCAUUCACACAUUCAGUCUCUCGCUUCCAAGGGAUUCUCAUAUACAACAUACGCGCAGCAGCGGAAAUUUCAACACAGGCGAAGUUUGUAUUUACAAGAGCCUGCAGAAGUCGAAGCCCGAAAAUUAUUUAAAGAGCAACGAUCCGUCUUCUUAUAACCAAAGAAACUCAAGUUCGCAUGCACAGCUAGAAAAUAUAUGUGUUACCAAUUUCGAAUGCUCCAAUAAUUGGAUGCUACAUAAAAAUAUGAGUAGCACGGAGCUGUAUACGAAAAGCCUAGAGCAUGGUAAAAGGCAAAGGCUGGUUACCAUGGAGCCGCAAUCGAUUAAAUUUCUAACUGGUGGAAAGCAUGUAAUGUACCUGCCAGGCAGCAGCGAUCAGCCAAAUCCAUCGAAAGCCCAUCAAACUGAACCUCAAGACAAUUUGCUGCCAGUCAAAACGAGUCGUCACUUCAAAAGUCGACAGCGGCACAUGCCUCAAAGUUUGCAGGACAAAACGCCAAUUUUUCCCAUAAAGUCUUACAACGAAGAGGUUGCCAAAUUGGACGAUGAUAAGCCGUUUCAUCAACGUUUCUUAUUUAACAAUCCCGUACGCUUGUUGGAGAAAAAGUUGCAUGCAGACAAAACUGUGAAGCCCGCCAAGCUUAAAAUGUCACUAGACGGUCAACUUGAAGCGUUAAAAAAAGUUGAGGAAGAUUUUCAACGGAACCGCGCCAACGAGAAAGAGAACAUACAGCAUCAAUUGCGGCUUUACUUUGGAACAGAUGACGAGCAGUAUCACAGCUUGCCAAUAGCCCCAGUGCUUGAUAGAUUUGCAGCUAUUAAUCUCAAUGACACGGAUAGUAAAUUGUAUCGUCGUGAUGAUCCUGACGGUUGCGUAUCAAAUGUUGUCCUUGAAAAUGAAGAUCAAACGAUAACAUUUGCAUCGAAAAAUAUUUUAACCUAGAUUUGUAAACAUAUUCUUACACUUAUUUAAAUACACUG